AUGCGUGGUUCAUACAAUGGUCUCCAAGCUAUAAUUAGGCGUUCUAAUACAGCUGCUAUUUUUGUGUGGUGUUAUGCACAUCGACUGAAUUUGGUCCUUACCGAUGCAGUUAGUUCCUCUGUGAAUGCUGUUGAUAUGUUUGGAAUUAUAGAAACUGUACAUGAUUUUAUUAAUUCAAGCAAGAAAAUGGUUGCAUUAUAUGAACUACAUCAAGAAAAAUGUUAUGGUAAUAAACAACGUAAACGUCGAUUUAAAAGAGUUCAGACAACAAGGUGGUGGUCCCAUGAUUUGGCAUUAAACACAGUUUUGGAUACAUUUGAUGCAUUGUGUGACACAUUAGAAGAACUUCAAAAAAGUGAAUGUAUACGUGAUCGAAAAGGAGCCCACCAAGCAAAAUGUUUAAAAGAAAAUUUAAUUUGUGACAAAUUUUUGUUAACUGCAUUUAUUUACAAACAAUAA